AUGUGGUAUAUAUAUUGUUGUUUACCGGUUAUUGCUGUUAUAAGCGUUAUAGACGUUAUUGUCGUUAUUGCAGUUAUAGACGUUAUUGGCGUUAUUGGCGUUAUAGACGUUAUUGACGUUAUAGUCGUUAUUGGCGUUAUAGACGUUAUUGGCGUUCUAGUCGUUAUUGGCGUUAUAGUCGUUAUUGGAGCUAUAGUCGUUAUUGGCGUUAUAGACGUUAUUGGCGUUAUAGUCGUUAUAGUCGUUAUUGGCGUUAUAGACGUUAUUGACGUUAUAGUCGUUAUUGGGGUUAUAGUCGUUAUUGGCGUUGUAGACGUUAUUGGAGUUAUUGGAGUUAUAGUCGUUAUUGGCGUUAUAGACGUUAUUGGCGUUAUAGACGUUAUUGACGUUAUUGGAGUUAUUGGCGUUAUAGACGUUAUUGGAGUUAUAGUCGUUAUUGGCGUUAUAGUCGUUAUUGACGUUAUAGACGUUAUUGGCGUUAUAGACGUUAUUGGCGUUAUAGACGUUAUUGGCGUUAUUGCAGUUAUAGACGUUAUUGGCGUUAUAGACGUUAUUGCAGUUAUAGACGUUAUUGGCGUUAUAGACGUUAUUGGAGUUAUAGUCGUUAUUGGCGUUAUAGACGUUAUUGGUGUUAUAGACGUUAUUGGCGUUAUAGACGUUAUUGGCGUUAUAGACGUUAUUGGUGUUAUAGGCGUUAUAGACGUUAUAGACGUUAUUGGCGUUAUAGACGUUAUUGGUGUUAUAGACGUUAUUGGCGUUAUAGACGUUAUAGACGUUAUUGGCGUUAUAGACGUUAUCGGUGUUAUAGACGUUAUUGGCGUUAUAGACGUUAUAGACGUUAUUGGCGUUAUAGACGUUAUUGGCGUUAUAGUCGUUAUUGGCGUUAUCGGAGUUAUAGUCGUUAUUGGCGUUAUAGACGUUAUUGGCGUUAUAGUCGUUAUUGGCGUUAUUGGAGUUAUAGUCGUUAUUGGCGUUAUAGACGUUAUUGGCGUUAUAGUCGUUAUUGGCGUUAUUGGAGUUAUAGUCGUUAUCGGCGUUAUAGACGUUAUUGGCGUUAUUGGCGUUAUAUACGUUAUUGGCGUUAUAGGCGUUAUAGUCGUUAUUGGCGUUAUAGUCGUUAUUGGCGUUAUAGACCUUAUAGACGUUAUUGGCGUUAUUGCAGUUAUAGACGUUAUUGGCGUUAUAGACGUUAUUGGAGUUAUAGUCGUUAUUGGCGUUAUAGACGUUAUUGGCGUUAUAGACGUUAUUGGCGUUAUUGGAGUUAUAGUCGUUAUUGGCGUUAUAGUCGUUAUUGGCGUUAUAGACGUUAUUGGCGUUAUAGUCGUUAUUGGCGUUAUUGGCGUUAUUGGAGUUAUAGUCGUUAUUGGCGUUAUAGACGUUAUUGGCGUUAUAGACGUUAUAGACGUUAUUGGUGUUAUAGACGUUAUUGGCGUUAUAUACGUUAUUGGCGUUAUUGACGUUAUUGGAGUUAUAGUCGUUAUUGGCGUUAUAGACGUUAUUGGCGUUAUAGUCGUUAUUGGCGUUAUAGACGUUAUUGGCGUUAUAGACGUUAUAGACGUUAUUGGCGUUGUUGGCGUUAUAGACGUUAUUGGCGUUAUAGACGUUAUUGGCGUUAUAUACGUUAUUGGCGUUAUAGGCGUUAUAGUCGUUAUUGGCGUUAUAGUCGUUAUUGCAGUUAUAGACGUUAUUGGCGUUAUAGACGUUAUUGAUAGUGAACUUUAUUUAGGCACGGAGGCCUGUCAUCGAAAAUAAGAUGAUCUUCCCAGGUGCCGUGACAUUUGAAUUAUUUACAAUAUUUACAAGGAGAAUGAGAAAUUAAAGCUAUAUACAUAACAAAGUAAUUCUACAGUUUAUUUUUGAAUAUUUUUAGGGAAGUGGAAUUCCUAAUUUCAAUUGGUAUUGAAUUCCAUACCACUGCUCCGUUAUAUUCGAGACUAUUUUUCAAAAAAUUGGUGUUUGGUUUAGGAAUAACAAAAUUGUAGUCAUGACCUCGUGUACCAUGACUGUGAAUUAAAUUCGCUCGAUUAAAUGGCUGUGAAAGAUAAGAUGGGCCUAAUUUGUUGGUACACUUUGAACAUUAGACAGGAUUUUUGUUUCAUUCGCCUAUCUUCUAGUGUCGGCCAAUUUAAGUUAUUUAAAAUAUGGGGAGAGCGUAUUUCGUAGUUGCUCCUAGUAAUUAUUCGAGCUGCUCGAGUUUGUAAUUUUUGAAGUUUAUCCCGUAAACCUUUUCUGCAAUUAUCCCACAUAGAACUACAAUAAUCAAAAUGAGGGAGAAUGAUAUUGGCGUUAUAGACGUUAUUGGCGUUAUAGACAUUAUUGCAUUAUAGACGUCAUGUUAUGAACGUUAUGUACUAUUUAAAACAUGAGCGGCCGUGUUUUAUCAGAUAUAAAGGUACGAGGCGAAGCCAAGUAUCUUUAGGUCUGAUAGAACACGCACUGCGAAUGUUUUAAAUUGCUUCAAAAACGAUCGAUCUAGUAAGUUCAUUGGCAAAGUAAUUUUCAAAGAAUACGUUGUGUAAGUCAAGAAAAUCAAAGUUAAAGUUUAUGUAAAUCAAGGGAAAUAUCUAUCACAUAUAAAAAUACGACACGCUUGUGACUUUUCUUUGUGAUUUCCUCGUGAAUUAUUAAUGAGUUUGUGAAUGACGUUAUAGACGUUAUGAACGUUAUUGGUGUCAGUAUAUACGUUAUUGGCUUAUGGGCGUUAUAGACGUUACAGACGUUAUUGGCGUUAUAGACGUUAUGAACGUUAUAUAUAGACGUUAUUAGACGUUACUGGUUUUAUAGACGUACGUUACUGGCGUUAUUGCUUUUAAACCCACUAUAAGUACUAUAAUAUAG